AUGAACAGCGUACACACGUUAUAUCCCGAUGACGACUCGGAAAAAGAAGUCUACGUCCAAGCCAAUGGCCUGUCCUUUUCGGGAGUCGGCGACCGACAUCUGACAGGAGGGGUCGGUGGAUAUGGACACUACUCGCCCUUCGCCGAGAUUCGCCCGUCCGCAGAAAUCAAGCACGAGCUGUUCGUGUUGGGAAAGUUCUCGCGCGCACAGCGAGACGAGACCCUCAAGCUAGCUCGCGACGUCGUCCUUGUCAAAGCGUCGAGAACAAAUAACUGCUGUGUCUGGACUAGAGAUUUACUUGGUGCUAUGCUCGGAGCCAGGCUCAUAUCGCAAGCCGCGUUCGCCGCGGUGGAUGCUGGGCGCUGGAGUCCCACUGCUUAG